UCAUUUCAUAGACUUGCUUGGACCUUGACUCACUCAAACACUGAACCACAGUGCACUGACAAACAGACAGAGGACGGAGGGACAGAGGAAAGAGGAAGAGAGAGUAACCUGUGAGCGAAAAUCAACAAAGCGAAAGAAAGCCAAGAGAGUAACGAGGAAAGAUAAGGAAGAAGAGUGAGUGGAAAGUGAGUGGAGAGAGAGGUCCUGUGUGCUGUCGCACUGAAACCAACCAACCCACCUCCCCCUUACACACCGUGUCUGUCAAUCUGUCCACGUCGUACCCCUUCUGUCAGCAGUAGAGAAUACAUAGUUAACCCACCAGCCAGUCUAGUCUGUCUGUCCUUCAGUGUUUCAGUGGUUGUGUUUGUCAGUAAAGAAAGUCCACCUUAUCACAGUCAGUAAAGAGUCCGUUUUGUCAGUUUGUUGAUUAGUUGGCCCAUCAGCAAGUGAGUAAGAGUCCUCAUCCCUCAGUGUUUCAGUCACCACUCAAGAACCAAAACCUUUAAAACCAUACUGUCAAAGUAACCGUCACCAUGGCCCCCAAGAAGAAGGCCAAUCGUACAAAGAAGAUUACCAUGGAGCCAGUCGUCGCCCAGGAGACCACUGUCACCACUCAGAUGGCAGGAGGAGUGGUGGUGGUGGAGGGCGUGAAGAAGAUCGAGGAAAUGGCCGCACUGGACAUCGUGCAGCUUAAUCAUCUCAACCUCCCCCUGCCCCCUCCCGUCAUCAAGCCCGGAGAGAAGGGCCUGGGCCUGGGCUGUGAGGUGACCCGCCCCCUCCACGGCAAUGCCCUGCUGGAGGAGCUGAGCCGCAUGCGCCAGGAGCGCUUCCUCACCGACCUGGAGCUGGCCUGUAAGACCAAGGCUUUCGACGUGCACAAGCUGGUCAUUUCGUCCGUCAGCCAGUACUUCAGGGAGAUCCUGGCCAAGGACUCCGGAAUGAAGCGUCUAGAGCUGCCCUCACUCUCCCCCCUUGGCCUGGCCAACGUGAUCACAUUUGCCUACCUGGGCCGCGUCCACAUGUCUCUGUACACCAUCGGCUGUACUGUGUCAGCUGCUGCCACCCUCCAGAUCCCCCAGCUGCUCCAGAUGUGCAUGGACUUCCUGCUGGCCGAGAUGAAUGUGCAGACGUGCGUGUACGUGUGGAACAUCGGCGCCGCCUACGGCUUGAUUCCUGUACGCGAUGCUGCCCGCCGCUUUGUGCUGGAGAACUUUGUUGCGUUCACCGAGACGCCCCUGUUCAACCAGCUGACCCUGGAACAGAUCACAGCCUUCCUCCAGGAGGACAGCCUGCUGCUUCCAUCUGAAGUCACCGCCUUCCAGUUGGCCAUGAAGUGGCUGGACUUCGACCCCAAGCGUCAGGUGCACGCCGCCGAGCUGCUGUCCCAUGUGCGCUUCGAGACCAUCCCUGCCAGCGAGUUGGUCAGCGAGAUCCAGCCCGUGGCAAGGAUGAUGAUGGACCCUCACUGCCACCGCCUGCUGGUGGACGCCAUGAACUACCACCUGCUGCCCUACCAGCAGAACACGCUGCAGUCUCGCCGCACGCAGGUGCGUGGCGGACAGGCCACCCUGCUGACUGUUGGGGGGCGUCCCUCCAUCACCGAGCGGGCACUGAGCAGAGUGGUGCUGUGGAGAGACCCACGUGAGGGUGUGGCCACCUGGCGCCACCUGUCCCAGCUGCCCGCUAAGAGCUUCAACCAGUGUGUGGCUGUGAUGGAUGGCUUCCUGUACGUGGCCGGAGGAGAGGACCAGAACGAUGCACGCAACCAGGCCAAGCACGCUGUCAGCACCCUCAGCAGGUACGACCCUCGCUUCAACACCUGGCUGCAUCUGGCUAGCAUGCGCCAGCGCCGCACCCACUUCAGCCUGGUGGCCACUGGAGGGCGCCUGUACGCCAUCGGUGGCCGCAACGUGGAGGGCCUGCUGGCCACCACCGAGAGCUACCUGCCCUCCUCCAACACCUGGCAGCUCAAGACGCCCAUGGAGGUGCCACGUUGCUGCCACACCAGUGCCGUGCUGCCCUCUGGAGACAUCCUGGUGACCGGCGGCUACAUCAACUGCGCCUACUCGCGCUCCGUGGCAUGCUACAACAUUGAGACGGACACGUGGAGUGAGAAGGCCAGCCUGGAGACCCCCCGAGGAUGGCACUGCUCCUCCACCCUGGGAGGGAAGGUAUACGUGGUGGGUGGUAGCCAGCUGGGCCCCAGCGGAGACCGUGUGGACGUCCUGUCCAUGGAGGUGUUCUCCCCAGAGAACGGUGAGUGGAGCCAGGCCUCCCCCCUGCCCCUGGGCGUGAGCACAGCAGGCCUGUCACCCCUCGGGGAACAGCUGUACCUGCUGGGUGGCUGGAACGAGGCCGAGAAGCGCUACAAGGCGGCCGUGCAGAAGUACACCCCGGCAACCGACAGCUGGUCCAUGGAGGAGGAUCUGCCCGAGGCCACUGUGGGUGUAUCCUGCUGCGCCCUGACCCUCCCACCCCGCCACGCCCCCCGCAGGCAACAGCACCGCAAUACCCCAGCAACCAAGGAGGAGCAGCCACAGAGAAAGAGCCAUGUGGUCCCACAGCCCAUCACUGCCUGAGAGAUUUAGAAAAAGAGAGGUGAAGAGAGAGAAGGCAGGAUGAUGGAAGGGAGGAGUGACAGAGAGCAAGAAAUUGAGGAGAGGUAGAUAGAGAAGCAGAGCAGUAAAGAUGAACAGGAAAGAUGGAAGGGAUAACUAUUCACUUCUUUAAUGAUAACAUUAGACGUACAUUAGGAAGUUGUAUAGAAUGACACCUGUGGUUGAUGAAUGUGAAAAUGACAAUCCAUUUGCAGUAUGUGUAAAAUAUGUAUUGCAGUUAGUUAGCAAGGUGGAACAAGUGAGAACUGUGAUAUGAUUACGGAAAUGUGUUUGUGUAUGUGUGUAUGUGCGUGCAAAUGUACAUACUAGAGUGAAUGGUGUGUGUUUGGGUGUUAGAAAUGGAGCCAUACAAGCUUUUGACAACUAUUGCAAUACAAUUUUCAGCAAAACUUUAAUACUUCCCAUUAAAUAAAAUAAAUCAGCUAAUAUAUCCAUUUAUACAAAUACUUGUAGUGUAAAAUAUUUGUCUUAAGUAGUUUAGCUCAAAAGAAACCAGUUACAUGAACAGUAUUUAAACAUGUUUUUUAAGUGAAAUGUAAUAUAAUAGAGUUACAAUGACUGGUGGAAACAACUUUAUAGGUCAAAAUAACAUUACUUGUUUUUGUCAGUGGAUGACAUUGUAGAGAAUGUGUGAGCAAGAACAUGGCCCUGACAUUCACAGGCCUCAGAACUCCACCUACCAAAGACAACCAAAAAGCAGACAUUUUUUGUAAUUUUCAGCAGACUUGAGUAGUCUGAUUUGGAAAUUAAAAUGGGUGGCUUUUUUAGAGAUUUGGCUCAGGUCAUGUUUUGUAGUUAGGCCACGGGUUUCAGCUCCUGCUCACGCGUGUCUUCGAUCAGUGUCCUCCUCAACCAUCUCCAUCCAGGUGAUACAAUGACAAGCUACCAGGGUAUGGAGUCAGUGAAACUCCUAAAGAUGGGAGGACCUACCUGCCAAGGCAGACCUAGGGGUUGAGUCUGACUCUAAAAGGUCUGAGGACUCAACCAUAACAAUUUGAUGUUAAUGAGGCUAAUUUGGCUUAUUUGAUUGGAGAAAUCCCUGUAUUUUGCUCUUACCAAGAUGUGAGAUGAGGCUGGCACGGGGGAGUGUGUUGUGUUUGUGUGUCCAGAGGUGCCAGAUGCUCUGUAACCGUGGGGUUUCACUGAAUAAAGCCAAUCUGAUCUAAAUGGUGA